GUUGACAGGAAAACUCGUUUCGAUCAACAAUUGGUAGCUACAUGUGACCGGUUCUGUAAUUGUUGCCUUGUGCUGCCCUCCCUCUCCAUCCCCGCCCUCCCCGCUGUGUUCCGCGCUGUUGCCACUGCCCUCGUCCGCCGGCCCCCCCUCGCGGUGCCCCUCAGGAGCUGAGCUACGUGCAGCAGGGCGACGCCUCCCUCUACACCCCCGAGGCGCUCUCGCAGCGCAUGGCGGUGCGCGCCGACCCGCGGUUCCGUGACGCGGUGCGCGCGUGGUGGUCCUGGCUGCCGCUGUGCAACCUGCCGCCCGAGGAGCGCGUGUCGGACGACGAGCGGGUGAUGCCGGUGGACCAGCGGGGCAUGACCAAGCCCGUGUACUGCGCCAUGGCGGCAAUCAUACAGCGGGCCCUGCUCCCCCGCUUCGGCCUGAAGCCCAACCCCAGCUACGAGCCUGAGGAGGACUGGAGCUACGACUGCAAGGGUCGGCGCUUCCUGCUGUUCCCGCAGCUGCAUGCGGCGCUGUUCGAGCUGGCGGACAUGUGGUGUCCUACCACGGGGGCGGAGGACUACUGCGUUAUCCUGCUGGAGCUGCUGGAGCAGUGCAAGGUCCUGGAGGCACGUCACGGCCUGUUCUCCAAGCUGCUCCGCAAGUACCAGCUGCGGUACGGCGCGCGGGAGGAGCACCUGCUGCCCAUCAGCGGGGGCUACGUGAGCGAGUACGACAGCAGCGCCGGGCGGGCGCUGCAGGGAGGGGGAGGAGGGGGAGGGGGAGGGUUGGGGGCCAUGCAAAUGGUACCCGGGGGAGGGGGUGGAGGUGGAGGGGGAGGUGGCAGUGGCGGGGGUGCGGCGGCGGGGGACGAGGCGGAUGCGGUGAUGAAGGCGCUGUCGGAGGACGACGACAGCGAGGACCACCGCGCCACCACCGACUGGUGGGCCAAGGUGAUGGAGCGGAACAGGCGCUACAUGCAGGCGCGGGUGUCAGGUCUGGCCGACGCCGCCGCACAGGCCGCUGCCUCGCACUCCUCCUGCUGCUCCCCAGCUGCUUCCGCAGGCCCCCACCACUCCCCCUCAAGACCAGCCACCCCCCUACCCUUCCCCAUGAACCUCCUAAGCACCCUCUUUGCCCUACCUCCUCCUCCUCCCCCACAUCCUGCUGUUACCGCUGCUGAUGAUGAUGAGGCUGAUGAAGCUGAAUCCGAACCACCGUCCGGAGAUCCGCAGGCUAACGGUAACGGCAACGGUAACGGAGCAGGAGCAGCAGGCGGCGGCGGCGGCGGUGGUGGUCGUGUUGUCGGCAGGGGGGGCAGGGGGGGUGGGGGUGCCUCCUCGCCUCCCCGCUCCCCUCAUCGCCUACCCCGGGAGUUGGACAAGGGGGAGAAGGCGGCCCCGCCUGCGCGGUGGGGGAAGGGGCAGCGGGC